AGAGCUUUAUAAGCAGCCAUUUAGGCAGCAGGGAGGGACGAGGAUCUCAAGCCACCAUCACGACUUUGCAUACAUUUUUCAGUAGUUUUCUAGUGUAUAGAGACAGAUUUUGAUCCAUAGUCUGUGCUAGACAGUCACUGCCAACUUAUUCAUAGAAAUUCACGCCUAGAAAACAGCAUUAAAUUGGUUACUACAUUGAUAUUUGAUCGAGCUUCGGGACUUUUUUUUUUUUUUUAGUGAAGUGGAAGGGAUUUGAACAAGACGCACGCGCGGCUGCUGAGAGGAAAGAAAAUAAAAUGAAAUGGCUGGCUCCCUCACUGUCUCAAGCGUUCCGGAGGCGAUGGUGGAUGGCCGGCACGGCAGUGGUGGAAAAUCUGGGAUUUUCUGCUGUGCUGCUUGGUUGGGGAUCUCUGCUCAUCAUGCUGAAACACGAGGGCUUUUACUCGCACCUUUGCACAGAAAAUGACACAGAGGUAGCUAAUGUUAGCACGAAUAAUCAUCAGGAUUUGAUCAGCUGCGUAGAGCAGGAGGAAAUGCUCAACCUGGGCUUUACCAUUGGCUCCUUCCUGCUCAGUGCUGCUACGCUGCCACUCGGCAUCCUCAUGGACCGAUUCGGGCCCAGACCACUGCGCCUCACCGGGAGCGCGUGUUUUGCUCUCUCCUGUGCAAUGAUGUCCAUGUCCGCAUAUCAGCCUCAAGUCCUCUCUGCACUCAUCUUUCUUGCUCUGUCGCUCAAUGGUUUCGGAGGAAUCUGUUUGACCUUCACGUCUCUCACGCUCCCCAACAUGUUCGGGAGCCUCAGCUCCACCGUGAUGUCACUGAUGAUCGGCUCUUACGCGUCAUCCGCCGUCACCUUCCCCGGAGUUAAACUGAUAUAUGAUGCUGGGGUGCCGUUCACCGUGAUCAUGUGGGUUUGGUCUGGUCUUGCCCUCCUGAUUUUUGCCAACUGUUUACUGAAUUGGCCAGUGGAGCCAUUCCGCACACCUGAGGAGAUGGAAGAGAUGAAGAAGAUGCGUUCAGGUGAUGACGCUCAGAAACACACUCUGACCUCAGUGGAGGAGAAAAAACAAGAUCAGCUCAACAACUCGACAGACAAACUGACCGACGCAGCACAUAAUGCAACGUCCUCCAUUCCUUUCCGCCGCUCCGUGUUUUCUCCCAUCUUCCUGUGGAGCCUGAUUACCAUGGGGAUGACUCAGCUGCGCAUCAUCUUCUACAUGGGAGCCAUGAACAAAUUGCUGGAGUUUAUGGUCACUCAUGGAGACCCUCACCCCUCUGAGUUACUGGUGCAUGAAGCUGAGAAGAAAGUGAACUUUUAUGCAUCCAUCUUCGGUACACUGCAGCUACUGUGUCUGCUCACGUGUCCUCUAAUUGGCUACAUCAUGGACUGGAAGAUGAAGGAGUGUGAGGAUGAGCAGAGCCCUGUAAUUGGAGAGAAACGCGGUUCUGACUCGAAACCAAAGCGUGACAGAAAGAUCCAGAAACUGACAAACGCCAUGAGAGCCUUCAUUUUUACCAACCUGCUGCUCGUCCUGUUUGGCAUCGUGUCGCUCAUUGACAACCUGCCAUUACAGAUCUUGACCUUUAUCUUGCACACCAUGGUCCGAGGUUUCAUCCACUCCUGCUGCGGAGGCUUGUACGCUGCUGUCUACCCAUCUAACCACUUUGGCACUCUGACUGGGCUGCAGUCUAUGAUCAGCGCUGUGGUUGCUCUGCUGCAGCAGCCGCUCUUCAUCGCCAUGUUGGGACCACUGAAGGGAGAUGGCUAUUGGAUCAACAUCGGCCUCUUGAUCUCUUCAUUAGCCGGCUUUCUGUUGCCCGGAUACCUGUUCUACCACCGCCGACACCUGGUGAAAGUGAAGGCAUUACGGGACAAGGCUGUUUCAGAGAGUCAGGCUCUCAACCAAUCAGAAGCCAACGGCAUUAACGGACACGCGCCCUAGGAAGCCUGGAUCCACCGAGGAACAAUCACAGGAACGUUAAUGCGUUUUCAUCCCAAAAAGUGCUGACUCGGCGUAACAGAUUAGCUUUGAUCAUUAUUAGCUUGACACGUCGGUGCUGAAUUUUUUCAUUAAAGCCAUAAAAUUUCACGUAAGGACUUGUAAGAAUGACACGCGGUCGUGCAAGGUUUCAGAAUAGCCGUUACCCGUAAUGCUUCGUAAACUUUCUUGUUUUUUGUAAUUUAUUUUGUAGCUCGACAGGCUGAAAGCACCCCGAAUACACACUCUACUUCACUUGACUUGACUGUAGACAAGCUACCUCAGCCGAUCGUCGCCUCUGUCACGCUGAGCCAUGGGCCGGUUGGUCAGUUUGUCUGUGAAUCGUGUCGUUCACCAAAGAGUUGUUCACCAUGUUGUCAUUUUGUUGUCUUUUUGUCUUGAAAAUGAGAUUUUUUUUCUUUUUUCUUUUUUAAACCAAAAAAUUAACGCUAUCAUUUCAAACACCAAAGACCGUGAAAAAGCGGUUUUGAAAUAUUUGAAAUAUUUGAAAGGAUCUGUGUUAAACUUUAUACGCGUGCCCUAACAUAUUUUAGUUCUCGAUCUGUGCUUUUAUUUGUACUUUUGUCUCUGUAGGCUUUCGGAAGGGAAAUUUUCCUUUGUGGUUGGUUUGUUAGGUUUUUUUUUUCCUCUAUAUGCAUUGCUACUAUUGUAUUAUUUUAUAUGCUCGAUAUUUUAGUGCUGCAAACAUUGACGUGUAUGCUUUGUACUUACUUUCUCUUGCUUGUAAAGCUUGUGUGAUAGCAGCAGUGGACAAUUCAUACCACAACCUUCAAUAAUCAGGGGUCAAAGUAACAUGUCACAUGAAGACAUGUUACCCUUUUCAGUGCACUUUUGUCGUUACAGCCAAAUUUCACUUUGUUUCAGUCUGUUGCAUGUGUGUUUGUGUGGAACCGUGCCUUAUAAAAAAAAAAAAUCUGCUUUUAUAUAUCCUUGAAUGUACGUUACAGUUCACUGAUGCAACCAAAGCUAUUUCAGCCUCUUUGUGGAGGUCACUAAGCCAUGGGAAGGGGAAAAGGGGGUGAGUGGGGCACAAAUAAAAAGAUAUGCAGAAAGUGUUUUCUUUGUACUCGACAAAAUAAAACUGUCUUUAGGAAA